GCUCCCGAAAGCUCAAGCAUCUUCCCCAAAUUCAAAUCCCUUUUUCAUCAGAAGCAUGCAAAAUCUCUAGGGUUUUAGUUUUCCUUCAGGUACAAUAAGGGUUUUUGGGAGGUUUCUUACACCCUUCACUUCUUUCACGCCACUGUAAGACCCAACGAAAAUGGCUGCUUCAACUGCUCUCUCGCUUUGUCCGUACAUAUUCUCUCGCCGGCCUGGCCCAAAAAAUCGUUACUUUUCUUGCUCCACCGGCUCUUCUACACCUAUAGGUACACGAAGAACUGAAGUACCUCGCAAAUACUCAGGAAGAUUGGAGGGAGCUAAAACAAGUAUGGAAGACUCUGUUCACCGCAAGAUGGAGCAGUUCUAUGAAGGGAAUGCUGGGCCCCCUCUUCGGGUCCUUCCAAUUGGUGGUUUGGGUGAAAUCGGGAUGAAUUGCAUGCUUGUCGGGAAUUAUGAUCGCUAUAUUCUAAUUGAUGCGGGUGUGAUGUUUCCAGACUAUGAUGAACCUGGAGUCCAAAAGAUUAUACCUGAUACAACAUUUAUUAAGAAAUGGAGCCACAAAAUUGAAGCAGUAGUGAUAACACAUGGCCAUGAAGAUCACAUCGGUGCGUUGCCUUGGGUUAUCCCCGCAUUGGAUCCCCACACUCCAAUAUUUGCAUCAUCCUUUACAAUGGAGUUGAUCAAAAAACGAUUGAAGGAGAAUGGGAUUUUUGUUCCAUCUAGGCUUAAGGUAUUUAAAAUCAGGAAGAGAUUUAUGGCUGGACCGUUCGAAAUAGAGCCUCUUAGGGUGACCCAUUCUAUUCCCGACUGUUGUGGGUUAGUUCUUCGCUGUGCUGAUGGUACAAUUCUUCACACUGGGGACUGGAAGAUUGAUGAAUCACCAUUGGAUGGGGAUGUUUUCGAUCGGCAGUUUUUGGAGGAACUAUCCAAGGAAGGAGUAACACUUAUGAUGAGUGACUCUACUAAUGUUUUGUCACCUGGAAGGACAAUUAGUGAGCGUGUAGUAGCAGAUGCUUUGUUGAGGCAUAUUUCAAAUGCUAAAGGAAGGAUUAUUACUACCCAGUUUGCUUCAAAUAUACACCGGCUCGGAAGUGUAAAAGCUGCUGCAGAUUUAACUGGUAGAAAGCUGGUAUUUGUUGGCAUGUCAUUAAGGACUUAUCUAGAUGCAGCUUGGAAGGAUGGAAAAGCACCAAUUGAUCCAUCGACGCUGGUGAAAGCAGAAGAUAUUGAUGCCUAUGCUCCAAAGGAUUUGAUAAUCGUCACAACUGGAUCUCAAGCAGAACCACGGGCAGCCUUGAAUCUUGCAUCCUACGGAAGUAGUCAUGCCUUCAAACUGAACAAGGAAGACGUGGUUCUCUAUUCAGCUAAGGUAAUCCCUGGUAAUGAAUCUCGGGUAAUGAAGAUGCUAAACCGUAUAUCAGAUAUUGGAUCAACUAUUGUGAUGGGCAAGAAUGAGGGGCUACACACUUCAGGUCAUGGCUAUCGUGGAGAACUGGAGGAAGUGCUUAAGAUUGUGAAGCCACAACAUUUUUUACCUGUACAUGGAGAGCUCGUGUUCCUGAAGGAGCAUGAGCUACUUGGGAAAUCAACUGGCAUUCGGCACACCACUGUUAUAAAAAAUGGUGAGAUGCUUGGGGUUUCUCAUUUAAGGAAUAGAAGAGUUUUGUCUAAUGGUUUUCGUUCCCUUGGGAAGGAGAAUCUGCAGUUAAUGUACAGUGAUGGCGAUAAAGCAUUUGGCACGUCAACUGAACUUUGUAUUGAUGAGAGACUAAGAAUUGCCUCUGAUGGCAUUGUAGUGGUCAGUAUGGAAAUUUUACGCCCCCAAAAGAUAGAUGGCAUAACUGGAAAUAGCUUAAAAGGAAAGAUAAGAAUCACGACACGCUGCUUAUGGCUAGACAAGGGGAAGCUUUUAGAUGCACUCCAUAAAGCUGCUCAUGCUGCACUGUCGAGCUGUCCUGUAAAUUGUCCUCUAGCUCACAUGGAACGAACUGUUUCUGAGGUAUUGAGGAAGAUGGUAAGGAAGUAUAGUGGAAAGAGGCCAGAAGUCAUUGCCAUUGCAUCGGAGAACCCUGCAGGAGUUCUCUCUGAUGAGCUAAAUGAAAAGCUGUCUGGCAACUCCGAUGUUGGGUUCGGGAUACCGACAUCGAGAAAAGUGGUAGAUGGACAUCCUAAAAGGAGACAACCAAACAAAAUAAGAGCAGAAGAAGAUGAGGGUAGUUUGCGUCUAGAGAAUACUUUAGAACAAAAUUCGAUAGUUGGUGUCGGUGGUGAUGAUGAAGUUGAAACGUUCUUACCCGAGGAAGUGACCACUACUUCAAGUCCUGACCAUACUGACAGUAGUGAGGAUUCUGAUGAAUUUUGGAAAUCAUUCAUCAUAUCAUCGCCUGUUGACAAAUUGGAAAAUGGUAACAAUGGGUUUGUCCCAAACAAGGAGGAACAUAAAUCAGAAAUGAAGAGUGAUGGUGCCUCAAGCAGUGGAGAUGACUUCAAAAGGCCCUACUCUAAAUCAAAGUUGUUGAAGCCUGCGAAACGGAACAAAUGGAAACCCGAGGAGCUUAAGAAGCUAAUUGAAAUGCGGGGUGAAUUACAUGGCAGAUUUCAAGUUGUGAAAGGGAGAAUGGUCCUUUGGGAAGAAGUAUCUGCAAACUUGUCGGCUGAUGGAGUUAAUCGAAGCCCUAUGCAGUGUAAAUCCACAUGGGCAUCUCUGGUUCAGAAAUACGAGGAAAUCAAGAGUGAGAAGAAAAGCCAUGAAGGUUGGCCCUAUUUCGAGGAAAUGGAUAGAAUUUUAUCCGAUGAAUUCGAGGCAACGCAACAGCCACAAAAUGAUUAAGUCGUUGGAGGAUCCAAACAUGAAGUUAUACAAUUACAGCCUCCUCAAAAUUGUGGGAUUCCAUUGAUUUUCAAAGGAGACAUGGGGGUUGGUUUUGAAACCAUGACAUGUUCUUGUGUUGGUGAUAGUUGUCAAGAUGGGGACAUAUGCCACUAAUGGCGAAAUGAUUUUUGUAGCAAUAGAGACGUGUGUGUAAAUUCAAAGAUACCGCAAGGGCAUAAAUAUUGUUGAAUU